GAGAUAUAGUUUAUCUGUUUUUAUCUGUUAAUAAAUACGGUCGUGCCCAAUUCACAAUCGUCACUCGUUCGCAACCGUUCCGUACCGCCAUAACGUCGGCAACACUGUCAGUGCUAAAGUACUAAAAACGCUCUCCGCAAAGUCGACUUAACAGCGCAACCAGCACAGCAGUACCGUCAAAUUUUUCGCCGUGGGUAGUUCAGUGCUCUUAAAUUUUCUACAAGUCAAAAACUCACCGUUUUAAAUGUUUCGAGUAUGGAAGUUAGAUGCCAACUGUUCGAUAAGAGUCUAAAUAUUUUGGUCGUCAUCAGAAAACGGAAAAAGCGGAAGUUUUGAGGACUCUUUUCAACUCCUAAUUUAAGUUCUAGUUUAUAUUAUUAUAUUUCUGCUUGAUCAGAGUAUAUUUCUGACCCGGUGAUAUUAAUUUAAGUAUAGAUUAUCGUGUAAUUCGUUAUUUAAAUCGCUCAAAAUGAACGGUACUAAUGGAAAUGGUAGUACGUACCAAAACAACACUUACACAGCAGUGUUUCAACCAGAAACCCUCCAAAAGAAGAAACAAUCAGGAUGGUUUGGAACCAGACAUUUUGUGACAUUCAUGCUUGCCCUGGGCAUGGCAAAUGCAUACGUCAUGCGUACCAACAUGUCAGUUGCGAUAGUGGCCAUGGUCAAUCACACCGCCAUAGCUUUAGAUGAUCAUUCUGACACUGAUGACGUUUCUGUCACCGAAUGUGGUGUUUUAAUCAACAGUACUUUGGAUGCUCAAAACAACCACGAAGCAGAUGGAGAAUUCGAAUGGGAGACAGACGUACAAGCAUACGUCCUAUCCGCCUUCUUCUACGGCUACGUCAUCACGCAAAUCCCAGCAGGUAUCCUGGGCAAAACCUACGGAAACAUCUACUUCCUGGGCAUCGGCAUGCUGGUGAAUUCCGUAUUUGGACUUUUGGUUCCCAUAGCGGCUCAUGCUGGCCUCUGGUGGCUCCUGGUAGUCAGAUUCAUUCAAGGAUUGGGUGAGGGUCCGAUAGUACCGUGCAGCCAUGCGUUGCUGGCGAAAUGGAUACCUCCGAAUGAGAGAAGUCGCAUGGGUUCAUUCGUAUACGCAGGUGCCCAGUUUGGUACUGUCAUCUCCUUACCCCUCAGCGGACUUUUAUCGAUCUCACAAUGGGGCUGGCAGUCUAUUUUCUACGUUUUCGGAGCUGUGGGCACUGUCUGGUGUAUCGCCUUCUUGAUAUGGGUCAAGGAAGAUCCAGAAUCAAAUAAAAAAAUGGAGAGGGACGAAAGAGAAUACAUCCAGAAGUCAUUGGGAACAGUUGUUGGUCAAACAACUACACCACCGACUCCAUGGUUGAGCAUUAUCAAGUCUGGACCCUUCUGGGCCAUUUUACUCGCUCACAUGGGGUAUAACUACGGUUACGAAACCUUGAUGACGGAAUUGCCUACAUAUAUGAAACAAGUUCUACAUUUUAGUAUUAAAGACAAUGGUUUCCUAUCAGCUUUGCCCUACCUCGCCAUGUGGAUCUUCUCCAUCGUAAUAAGCCAAGUGGCUGACUGGAUGAUGACCAAAACCUACUUCACAACCACAGCGGUGAGGAAGUUGCUGAACGGUAUCGGUCAGCUAGGUCCAGCAGUAUGUCUGUUCGCUGCUGCCUUCACUGGCUGUGACAAAUGGCUGACUGUGGCUUUGCUGACUGUGGGUGUAGGCCUGAAUGGCGGUACCAAUUCCGGAUUCAGGGUGAAUCAUCUGGAUAUUUCACCGCAGUUUGCUGGCAUACUUAUGUCCUUCACUAAUUGUAUGGCUAAUGUUGUGGGGUUGUUAGCACCGAUAUAUGCUGGAUUUAUGAUCAAAGGAGCGCCCAGCAUAGCAAAAUGGAGGAUCGUUUUCAUUACAGCAUCAGGAGUCUAUGCUUUCUGUUGCACAUUCUAUUUAUUGUUCGCCUCUGGCGAGCGGCAGUCUUGGGACAAACCUCAAGACGAAGAAGAAAAAGACAAGGAACAGAAAGAACCAAUGGUGUAAUUAUAGUGUUACAAGAAAUAGACAAUUCUUAGCGUAGAGACCUUUUCGAGGUGUAAUAUAUUUUAUUUUAGGAUAAUAAUGUAGAUAAAAUAUAUUAAUUUUUACCGAAUUUUGAGUGCGAAAGUAGUAGAUAAACGGAGUAUAAUAGUAUAACAGUAAUUUGCAGAUUAACAAGAAAAUGAGAUUGAAUGUGUGCUCAGCUGCAUUGAGAUGAAUAAUUAGAUUAUAUUUUCAAGUGGGGAUGUCCGAAAAUAUCGAUGUAACAAAAUAUCAGUAUUAAAGAAAAAUCGAUAUAAUGUCUGUCCAGCGAAAGGAGACAUGACAGUGACAUAGAUAAAUGAAACAAGUUUAGAUUGGAAAGUGCGCUAAGGACAAUGUAAAUUCUAUUUGGCCCUAUUCUUACAACGGUCGCGAUCCAAAGCUUUUGAUGAUUUCGGAGCGGUUCGGAUUUUUCCGGAAUUAUAUGCCGCCAAAUAUUAUUUAUUCAAAUUUAUUAUUAUUUUAUUUUAAUUUUAUAAAUAAAAUACAGUGUGUUGCAUAUCGAAAACUUUAUUUUAUAUAAGAACAUGUACGAAAUAACUAUGGAACAUUGGAAACCGACGUUAUGCAACGAUGGUUUUUGCAGUUGGCACUUCACAGAGCUUUUUAAGUAUUUUUAAUGCCACUUUUUCACAAUUACAUGGGUUUUCCUAAAUCAAAUUUAAAUUAAACUCACAAGAUAGCAAUAAUUACUUUGAAAAUGGACGCUUUAAACACUUUUCUGUAUUUUUUCAAUAAGGGCGAUUUAAAUUUUAAAAGAUUUUAUAAUUUUUGAAGAUUCUGACUUUGACAAAUGAAAAAAUGCUUUCUGUUUUUGUUUGCGGUUGUUCUUACUAACCGCUAUAGCAGCGCCAUCCAAAACAAUUAUAUAUUUUGGCGGGAAGCCGAGCAUUCCAAUCUAAUUUUAUUUCCUUUAUCUAUGGACAGUGAUAAUUGUUUUGUCAUUUCCAUUCACAGGUAAAUUCUAUUUUCUGUCAUUUUUGGAAUUUCGUCUGUCUCUGAUUUAUUGGCCAGAAUAGGACUUAAGUUUAAAUAAUCAGUUCAAAGAUUGUUUUAAAUUUGUUAAUCGAUUUAAGUUAAUUUUACUUAAUAACCUUAAUAAUGUAUGAAACUUUUAACCGUUUCGUCUCUAAGUAGAAAUUUUCAAAAAAAGUGUUAUAACCCAAUGGUUAACUCAAUAGUUUAGUAGAACUUAAAGUAAGUUUAAAGUCAUGUGUUAAGUUUUAGCAUAUAACUGUAUUUGUAACCCGUGAAUGUAUUUCUCAUAUUAGUAAUUAGGAAUAAAAAAAGACUAAGAUAAAAUAAAUUUAAAUUUAAAUCUACUUUCCUUGUUACCAACAUUUUUAAGCCCUAACUUAGGAAUUUAAGCUAAAUUGUUAAGAUCAACAUGUUACACACAAUUUCGUUAUACAUGUAUUUUACAUAAUUGCUAUUUUUAAGUAAAUAAAAAAAA